AGUACGAGCUCGCCAGCAAGAGACGACGUGUAAUGGCGGUUAUUGGAACACGCCGCACUCCUUCAGUGUGGUCGUUCAACCGGACAUCUGAGUGGUGGGAUACAAUUGUGCCCAGUUUCAGUACAGCGCAGUGGAUUGAAAACUUCCGGAUGUCCGAGGAGACGUUCGAUUACCUUUGCAACAAACUGCGUCCAGCUAUGAAGUUGCAAGACACGACCUUUCGAAGAUGCAUGUCUUUAAAAAAGAGGGUGGCUGUUGCGCUUUGGAAGUUUGCUACUGGCUCUGAAUACAGGUCGGUUGGGCAUCUUUUUGGAGUCAGCAUCCCGUCUGUGUGUCGAUGUGUGCAAGACUUCUGUGCUGCAGCACAGGCACUGUUGGUGCCCGAACUAAUCCGGUUUCCAAACCAGGAGAAGUUUGCUGAGAUGUCAGCAUAUUAUGAGAACAGAUGGGGUCUCCCACAUUGUGUUGGUGCGAUUGAUGGGUCUCAUAUACCCAUCAUUGCUCCACAAGAAUAUCACUGUGACUAUUUUAACCGCAAAGGCUGGCACUCUAUAAUCCUGCAAGGUGUUGUUGAUGGUAAGGGCCUCUUCUGGAAUGUUUUUGCUGGAAUGCCAGGGAGCUUGCAUGAUGCCAGGGUUCUGAGAUUGUCAACCAUGUGGGAGCUAGCCACCCGAGGAAACCACUUUCCUGCUCGCACCAGGAACAUUGGCGGGGUCAAUGUCGGGUACUACAUCUUAGGAGACUCAGCAUACCCGUUGCAGAAUUGGCUCCUGAAGCCAUUUCAAGACACAGGGCGACUCACUCCAGAACAGCAGACAUUCAACCGGAAAUUCAGCCGAGGUCGAGUUGCUGUUGAAAAUGCCUUUGGCAGACUGAAGGGGAGGUGGCGUUGUCUGCUGAAAAGGAAUGACUGUGAUCUCUCACUGGUGAGGUCCAUGGUGUUGACUUGCUGUGCUCUUCACAACCUAUGUGAAAGUCAUGGUGAAAAAUACAAUACAGAGUGGGACCCUGCAGCAGUAGCAUUGCCAAUGCCAGGUGUUGCAGGGCCACAAGAGGUUGAAGAGGAGGGCAGAGAUGUUCGGGAGGGGCUGAUGCGUUACUUGACGACAAACAGUUUAAUGUGA